UUGAAUAAAAUUAAAAAUUAUUGAGUGAUGGGAAAUCGAUUAAGUUCUAAAAAUAAGUUAAAUUACUAUGCUAUAGCAGAACAUGUAAUAAUACAUUUAUAUACAAAUGAUAAACCAGAUGAACCAUUUUUAUUAAAUUUAUGGAAUUGUGAGAUGCAAUCAUUUCAAAUACUAUUAAAUCUACAAUGUUCACCGGAUCUACGAUUCUUCUUGUGUUCAUUAUUCGUACCCAUGUGUUCGGAACAUGUAUCAGAACCGAUACUCGCCUGUCGAUCACAUUGCCUGCAAGUACGUAAAGAUUGUGAACCAGUAUUACAAAGUUUAUCAAUGCAUUGGCCAUCCGAAUUACAAUGUGAUCAAUUCCCAGAUCCAAGUGAUCCAACAAAAUUAUGUAUGUUACGACGUGACGAUGAAGAUUAUAAAAUGUUGCCAUAUUUACCAAAUCAAGAGAAUAAUGAUCGAUUUGGCAAUACUGGUAGUAAUAGUAUUUAUUCAACAGAAUGUUUUAAUAAGAAUCUAUUGGAUUCAUCACAACGAUUAUUCCUUGAAAAAUGGUCAACAAGUUGGGGUUGGCUUUGUUUUAUCUCAACUUUGUUCACGCUUUUAACAUGGACUGUGGAACCGACAAGAUAUCGUUAUCCAGAACGGCCCGUACUUUUUAUCGCACUAUGUUAUUUGGUUUACAGUGUUGUGUAUGUGUUACAAGGUGCACUUGGAACCCCUGAACAUGCAGGUCCUUGUCUUGUUAGUGCUGUCACAUUGUAUUACAGUAAUUUAGCAGCAAGUGCUUGGUGGACUGCAUUCGUGUUAUCAUGGUGGUUAAGUGCUGCCCGUGAUUGGUCCACUGAAGCAUUAUCUAUACGGAUGGCACCACGAUUACAUUUAGUUUGCUGGGGUGGACCAUUUAUUGUAACCGGAGGUGUGUUUUGGGGUCAUUUAUCAACUGUUGAUGUGCCCUGUGAAUUACAACGUCCAUUUGCAACAUUAAUCCCGCAUACAAUUUUAAUUAUUGUAAUUAUAAUUUUAUCAUUAUUCACUGCGCAAGCGUUAAUUCAAGUGCGAAAGACAUUAAUUAGUUCCGGACGUUCAGCGAAUAAACUAGAACGUCUUAUGACACGAUUAUCAUUGUAUAUUUUAUUAUAUUUAAUACCAACUGUCGGUUGGCUAAUUACAACUUUAUGGAGUUAUAGUAGUGGUAACACUGAUGAUAAUAAUAUCACUGCUACCAAUAUAGAAAAUUGUGAUACUUUAAGUUUAGAAUUAGUUAUAACAAAAAUAUUUUUAUCGUUGUUAGUUGGUAUUUUAUCUGGUAUGUGGGUAUGGUCGGCUAAGACAUGUAAAGCUUGGCGAAAAGUGUUUGGUGUUACACCACCAGAGAAACAAAGGAGGGCAAUGCCUAUUUCAAGAGUAUAAUGACACACCAAAGUACCUUAAUUUAUUGACAAAAUAAUUUACAAUCAUCGAAUUGAUUUUAUACGCUUAUUUCUUUGAAUAUAAAAGUAAAUUGAGGAAGUAAAUACAAAUAGAGAGGUCCAAAUUAUCACAGCAGGUUUUCUUCAAAUGGUAUAUAAAAAUAAUCACAAUUUCUCAAUAUACUUAUAACGUGGGAACGCGUCCUUUUCUCGAUUAUUGCUAAAAAGGCUUGCUUAGAAAAUUUUGGCUUGUCUCUUAGAAGUAGUGGCCCUUGAUGAAUAUUUGGCAGAGGCUGUCUUUUGCUUUCAAUCAAUUGAACAAUUUUAAUUGUUUUCAAGCACUCUAGCAGCCUGAUGCGCAGUACAAAGACGUUUCAUGUCCUUAUUAUAUAUGUUCUUGUUUAAGACACUUCCUCUGUUUACUUCUAUACUCAAAGGCUUAUUUUAAUAAAUUUAGAACAUGACUGUCAAAGUGUACUUAUAAUACUGUAAGGCUUUAAUGGUAUAGAAUUUAAGGAAGAAAUUUCCAGUUUAAUAGGAAAUUUUAUUAGACUGAUUCAUCAAAAAUAUUUGUUGUCAUAAAACACCCCUAACAGAAUCACUUAGUUCGUAUCGCAUUAGAAAUUCCAUCGAAAGGAUAACUUCUUUUAUAGUUUUUUUAUUCGAUUUUCUAUCGACAUACAGCUCAGGAUCACGCAGACAUCAUGAUCUUUCAAUAAGAGUGAUUAAAAUUUGAUUUAAAAUUCAAUUAUUUAACGUACAAAAGUAAAUUGUCCUUUAUUUUGAAGCUUAGACAUUACAGCUUAGAUGUUGAGUUCAAAAUGUCGAUUAAAUGUCUACCAAAUGGCGAAUCUUUUUUUUUUUGGUCAUGUUUCAAAGAAAAGCUUCAAUUUGGUAUAAAUAUAAGAUGUAUUUAGCUAGAGCAUAACUGAUUCUGCUAAGGGUUAUAUUUAUUUGUAAAAUAAAAAUUGGGAUUCAAGGUUUAAAUAUACCGUACAAAUUUUUUACUGGAUUUUUUUUGCUGAUAACAUAUAUACGUACUAUCGUUUUGUUAAAAUCGAAUUAUGACGACUGACUUUUUCAGACAGUUCAGCCAGUUGACAAAUAAAAUA